AUGGGCACCGAGCUUGAGUCCAAGACAGCUGGGCAAGAUGGCGAGGUGGUGUCGGAGGUCUCUUCCAACCCGCAAGAGAGUACCAUGAAGGAACACACCGAUAUGUACGAACGACACCUUUCAGAGUCGGAAUGGCAACAAUACGGACAAACCAAGCGAGGCCUGACUCCUCGACAUGUGCAGCUCAUGGCGCUGGGAGGGUCCAUCGGAACAGGCCUAUUUGUCGGAAUUGGUGGCAGUCUGUCCAAAGCCGGGCCUCUGUCUUUGCUUCUGGGUUACCUUUUCUGGGGAAUCCUCUUCGUCUGGCCUUGCAACUUGUGCGUGGCCGAGAUGUGCGCCUGGUUACCGGUGCGUGGUACGAUUUUUGAACUUGCCGGGCGAUACGUGGAUCCUGCGUUGGGGUUCGCCCUGGGCUGGACCUAUUUCUUUGCCGGGGCCAUGUUGGUGUGCACCGAGUAUUCGGCCGUCGCGACGGUGAUGCAAUAUUGGAACACGGAAGUCAACCCGGCCGUGUGGAUCACCAUGUGUCUUGUCGUUUGUUUCAUCUUGAACAUUGCUGCUGUUAGAUGGUACGGUGAAUCUGAAUUCAUCAUGGCGUCGACCAAGAUAUUGCUCCUGAUCGGAUUGUGUCUACUCACAUUCAUCACGAUGGUGGGCGGCAACCCGAAACACGACGCAUACGGGUUCCGGUACUGGAAAGACGGCAUGGCCAUGCACCCAUAUUACACCACGGGGACGACCGGACGAUUUUUGGGAUGGUGGUCAGUCGUGCGGUACGCGGCAUUCACGGUUGCCGGGCCGGACCUGAUCUCCUUGGCGGCAGGCGAGAUCCAGAACCCACGCCGAACAAUCCCGCGAGUUGCACGACUGGUCUUCUACAGACUUGUUGGGUUUUAUGUUUUCGGGGUCCUCUGUGUUGGAGUGCUGUGCUCGUCGCGCGACACCCGACUGAUGGGGGCUUUGAAGGACGGCUCGGCAGGCGCGGCCGCAUCACCCUGGGUGAUUGGGAUUGAAAACCUGGGCAUCACAGGUCUCCCCGGAUUCAUCAACUUUUUGAUUAUGUUGGCAGGCUGGUCGUGCGGCAACGCGUACCUCUACUCGGCCAGUCGGACGCUGUACUCGCUGUCCCGGGACGGCCAGGCACCCAAGUUCCUGAUGAAGUGUACGAAAGCCGGUGUGCCCAUCUACUGCGUCGUCGCCGUCAGCUUGAUCUCCUGCAUCACGUACCUGGUCGCCUCGGACAGCGCCGUCACGGUGUUCUACUGGUUCGUCAACUUGACGACCAUUGCGCUCAUUGUGACUUAUCAGGGCAUGUUGUGGACUUAUGUUGGCUGGUGGCGCGCCCGCGUCGCCCAGGGUCUCGAUCCCAACAGUCUGCCCUACAAGGCCCCCUUUGGCAUUUACAUCUGUGGCUUUGCCCUGGUCAUGGGUCUCGCUGUCAUGUUGUUUAUUGGGUUUGAUGUGUUUGUGCCCUGGGACACGGAGGGGUUCGUCACCUCGUACUUUGGAGGUGCUUUUGCCGUCGUCAUGUUUUUCUUCUGGAAGUUCUUCAAGAAGACGAGGUUUGCGGAUCCGGAAACCGCGGAUAUCUAUUCUGGUAAAGCGGAGAUCGAUAUGGAGUGCAGACAUUGGGAGGAGGGUGGUAUUGAGGAGGCUGAAAAGGCAAGGUUGGCGCAGAUGAAUUUCCUCAGGAGGACUUGGGAGAGGAUGUGGUAG